AUGGAUCCAAUGGAUUGCCCUUGGAUCACAGCCGUGGCCGUGGUGGCCGUGGCCGCCUUCAGCGCUGCGCACCUGUCGCAUCUGACGCGUCCGGCCGACCUUCGCCCAGCCCUUGAGGCGCUGGGCGUCACCAGACACGACGAGACACGGGUGGACAAAUCGCAGCGCUACGAACGGGAGCUGAACCGCACCAGGGCACAGAUGCUGAACAAGGUGAAAAAAUUCCACAUUCAUGUGUCCUUUUGCAUGACUCUGGUGAUGGGCUGGAGUUUGAUGCGAAAUCCAAGUCUGGUGGCACUGACUCAAUUUCUGGCGUCAGCGAUCUCUUAUGUUCUCUUUGCACUUCCAGAAAGGAUCACUGGUGAAGAUGCCGUGCCCAGCUAUGUCGAAGCAAUUUAUGUGUUCACCCAUGGACUAUGGGCCCUCGGCAUUGCCCACGAAACAGACUUGGUGACCUUCUGUGUUCUGGAAAAGGUUUGUGGAGUGGGAUUAAUUUUCAUGUCAGUGAUUUUCAUCGACUUGAAAGCGAUGCUCUGCUUGUACGCAGGUGAAGCAACUCUGCUGCUCUGGAAUCAAUGGCAUUUGGUUGGUGUGGACCGUGUCAGUAUGAUGAUUUCUUAUUCCUUUAUCGUGUCGCACGUCUUUGUUCUUGCGGUCAUUGUAGUGGUUGAUCACACCAUGCGGUCCAUCAUCUUCGCGAAAGUCGAUGCCAGUGACGCCUCAUCUCUGAUGUUGGGAUUCCGCCAGGUGUUGCGAGGAGUUUGUGAUGGUGAUUUACUCUUGGACAAGAGCAGCUGCAGCAUUGUGGAUGAUGCAAGCUGCCUCGAACGCUUGCUGAAGUCCAGUAAGAAAUUGUCCAAGACCAAUUUCCUGGACCUCUUCCUGGACUCGGAAAGUCGCCAACGAUUUUUGCACUUUCUGAGUUCUCAAGAUGACGGAACAAGCGCUGGAAGCAUGCCACGGGGCCUCAGGAUUUCCCUCCAAGGUGCAGAUGGUGCAGUGUCGAUCGAUGUCUUUCAAACCAAGGUACCAAACCAAGGGGCCACAGGAACGGACUAUUGUUUAUUAGCAUUGAAAGAGGAUCCGGAGUCAGCUGAAGAGCCUCCUGAGGCUUCGUCUCAAGCUGCACCACCGAUCAGCUCGGUAGUUUCGGCACAAUCCGUUGAAUCUCAAGGACAUGCUGGAAGCACAGCUUCUGAAGUGGUGGAAUCCUACAAUGAACUCGUUGAAUUCGCCCUGUUGGUAAGCAAUGAAACUGCUGUGUUCGAUGUUAAGGAGGCGCAUCUUGCUUUCAGGCGGCAGAGCUCAGAACCAGCCAUUCUAUCUGGAAUGCCCACACUGCGAAGAUUCAUCCGGCCAUCGGAUUGGGAUCGCAUGGAGAAGAUGUUUGACAUUGUGACCAAUCUCCCUCCUUCGGAUGUGCAGCAGCGUUGCACCUUCCGCCAUCCAAUGUUGUUCAGACUUCCAGGUGAAUCUCGAAGCUAUCUUUGUUCCAGACAAACCUCAGUGUAUCUGGCUGGCGAAGUAGUGCCAGACGAACCUGUCCAUUUUUGGAUGAAUUUCUCCUCCUUUGACACGAGUCAAAUCCGUCGUCCCAGAGAACCGGAGCUGCAGGGAAUUAGGGAAGAAUGAUAGGCUGCAAACAACUCAAAAUGGGCCUCCG